AAGCUCCUUCAGCUGCAUUCUAUUUGCUCUUCUUGUGAACAGUUUCACAUAUACUGCCUAAAGAUGUCUACCAUCAUGGAAAACAUCAUUGCCAUCAUCGAUCUAUUCCAACAAUAUUCAGAAAAAGAUAAGGAGACUGACACCCUGAGCAAAAAUGAGCUGAAGGAACUGCUGGAAAAAGAGUUUCGGCCAAUCCUGAAAAAUCCAGAUGACCCAGACACAGCAGAAGUCUUCAUGGAAAUCCUGGAUAUAGACCACAAUGAAAAAAUUGAUUUCACAGAAUUUCUGCUGAUGGUAUUCAAGUUGGCUCAAGCAUAUUAUGAUUCCACAAAGAAACAAAAUUACCAAACAUCAGGGCCAAAGGACAAAAGGCAUAGGCAUCAUGAUGAAAAUGAAGCAGAGGACCGACAAGAAGAAGAAGAAGGAGGAAGAAAACUAAAAACCAGGAAUUCAAGAAGAACACAAAGAAAGUCAAGAUCAAAGAGUCCAAAAGGAAGAGGGAAAAACAAACAUAGGAGUGGUUCUGGAGGGCAUGGAAGAAGUGAUUCAAGCACACAUAGAGACACAAAAUAUGGGCAAACACAUCAUGGUUCAAGAGGAAAGAACAAAAGGAGGACAACCUCCUCAGAUAUUAGAGAGAUAAAGAAAAACAUAACUCCACAGGACAAUGAAAGAGAGAGAUAUACACAAGACUCAAACAUACACAUUGGAUCACAUCCAAAAAAUGGAAAAAAUAUUGCACAUACACAGGUUAAACAGAGCAACAGAUAUGAUGGAUACACUAACAGAAAGAGGCAAGAAAUACAAUACGAAUCUGAUAAUUCAAUAGGAGAUUCAGCCACACAAAUCAGAAAUGGCAAAAACAACGAACAGGAAGCAGAAAACACCAGAAACUCAGGGGCCCACUCCUCUCAUGGACAGGCUGAUUCUGCCCACGGCCAGCAAACAACAGGCCGCAGGGCGGGACAAGAAACCCGCCACGAGCACUCCGCGGACAGCUCCCGGCGCCAGGCCACCGGGCAGGGACAGGCCACUUCCCAGACUGACAGACGCCGGGAACCCAGCCUCGGUCAGGCCAGCGACAGCGAAGGACACUCCGAAGACUCCACCAGGCAAUCCCAAGCGGGUCAGGGAAGGUCCGGGUCCACUUCCAGGACCCAGCGAGGGUCUACCCACGGCCACGCAGCAGACAGCGCCAGGCACUCGGGGUCGCGUCAAGGACAGACGGCCAGACACACGCAGCAGUCGGACACCGCUCACGGGCAGUCAGCCUCCAGCUCCAGGGGGGCACAGGGGAGCCGACACGAGCAGCGGGCAGACAGCGCCCGGCACUCCGGGGCUGGACACUCCCAAACCUCCGCCGCAUCCCGUGAGCACGGACGUGGGGCGUACACACACAGCGAGGCCAGUGACAGUGAAGGGCAGUCGCAGGACUCAGAGGGUCUGUCCACCUCAGGCCACGGCCAGACCGGGACCAGACAGGGACACCGCCAGGAAUCCACCAGCGGAGGGUCCAGGGAGAAGACCAGGCACUCCGGAGGGUACUCUCGCCUGUACCUGGUAGACACUCAGGAGGAACAGUCUGAGUCGGCGGCCAGAAGGUCCCAGUCCACUACCAGAGCGACACGGGGCUCCCGCCAGGAACACGCACGGGACAGCACCAGACACGGGGCCUCCCAGGACCGGCAGACUUCCACGGGCACACACACCGACUCCUCCCGGGGAAGGUCCGGAACCAGCUCCGGCAGAACACAAGGAUCCCGCCACGAGCAGGCACGAGACAGCUCCGCGCACUCCGAGUCCGACCAGGGUGAGACCCACGCUCGCGGACACUCAGCGUCCGGCAGUAGAGGGGGAAGACAGGGAUCCCGCCAGGAGCAGGCACGAGACAGCUCGGGGCACUCCGGGUCCCAACACCACCAGGCGGCCUCCCAGGGACGGUCAGGGUCCAGCAGCGCAACCCGCCAAGCCCACGGCCAAGAACAGGCAGCGGACAGCUCCCGGCACUCAGGCGCCCGCUCCUCUGGCGCACGGGCUGAUUCUGCCCACGGCCAGCAAACAACAGGCCGCAGGGCGGGACAAGAAACCCGCCACGAGCACUCCGCGGACAGCUCCCGGCGCCAGGCCACCGGGCAGGGACAGGCCACUUCCCAGACUGACAGACGCCGGGAACCCAGCCUCGGUCAGGCCAGCGACAGCGAAGGACACUCCGAAGACUCCACCAGGCAAUCCCAAGCGGGCCAGGGAAGGUCCGGGUCCACUUCCAGGACCCAGCGAGGGUCUACCCACGGCCACGCAGCAGACAGCGCCAGGCACUCGGGGUCGCGUCAAGGACAGACGGCCAGACACACGCAGCAGUCGGACACCGCUCACGGGCAGUCAGCCUCCAGCUCCAGGGGGGCACAGGGGAGACGACACGAGCAGCGGGCAGACAGCGCCGGGCACUCCGGGGCUGGACACUCCCAAACCUCCGCCGCAUCCCGUGAGCACGGACGUGGGGCGUACACACACAGCGAGGCCAGUGACAGUGAAGGGCAGUCGCAGGACUCAGAGGGUCUGUCCACCUCAGGCCACGGCCAGACCGGGACCAGACAGGGACACCGCCAGGAAUCCACCAGCGGAGGGUCCGGGGAGAAGACCAGGCACUCCGGAGGGUACUCUCGCCUGUACCUGGUAGACACUCAGGAGGAACAGUCUGAGUCGGCGACCAGAAGGUCCCAGUCCACUACCAGAGCGACACGGGGCUCCCGCCAGGAACACGCACGGGACAGCACCAGACACGGGGCCUCCCAGGACCGGCAGACUUCCACGGGCACACACACCGACUCCUCCCGGGGAAGGUCCGGAACCAGCUCCGGCAGAACACAAGGAUCCCGCCACGAGCAGGCACGAGACAGCUCCGCGCACUCCGAGUCCGACCAGGGUGAGACCCACGCUCGCGGACACUCAGCGUCCGGCAGUAGAGGGGGAAGACAGGGAUCCCGCCAGGAGCAGGCACGAGACAGCUCGGGGCACUCCGGGUCCCAACACCACCAGGCGGCCUCCCAGGGACGGUCAGGGUCCAGCAGCGCAACCCGCCAAGCCCACGGCCAAGAACAGGCAGCGGACAGCUCCCGGCACUCAGGCGCCCGCUCCUCUGGCGCAUGGGCUGAUUCUGCCCACGGCCAGCAAACAACAGGCCGCAGGGCGGGACAAGAAACCCGCCACGAGCACUCCGCGGACAGCUCCCGGCGCCAGGCCACCGGGCAGGGACAGGCCACUUCCCGGACUGACAGACGCCGGGAACCCAGCCUCGGUCAGGCCAGCGACAGCGAAGGACACUCCGAAGACUCCACCAGGCAAUCCCAAGCGGGUCAGGGAAGGUCCGGGUCCACUUCCAGGACCCAGCGAGGGUCUACCCACGGCCACGCAGCAGACAGCGCCAGGCACUCGGGGUCGCGUCAAGGACAGACGGCCAGAUACACGCAGCAGUCGGACACCGCUCACGGGCAGUCAGCCUCCAGCUCCAGGGGGGCACAGGGGAGACGACACGAGCAGCGGGCAGACAGCGCCCGGCACUCCGGGGCUGGACACUCCCAAACCUCCGCCGCAUCCCGUGAGCACGGACGUGGGGCCUACACACACAGCGAGGCCAGUGACAGUGAAGGGCAGUCGCAGGACUCAGAGGGUCUGUCCACCUCAGGCCACGGCCAGACCGGGACCAGACAGGGACACCGCCAGGAAUCCACCAGCGGAGGGUCCGGGGAGAAGACCAGGCACUCCGGAGGGUACUCUCGCCUGUACCUGGUAGACACUCAGGAGGAACAGUCUGAGUCGGCGGCCAGAAGGUCCCAGUCCACUACCAGAGCGACACGGGGCUCCCGCCAGGAACACGCACGGGACAGCACCAGACACGGGGCCUCCCAGGACCGGCAGAUUUCCACGGGCACACACACCGACUCCUCCCGGGGAAGGUCCGGAACCAGCUCCGGCAGAACACAAGGAUCCCGCCACGAGCAGGCACGAGACAGCUCCGCGCACUCCGAGUCCGACCAGGGUGAGACCCACGCUCGCGGACACUCAGCGUCCGGCAGUAGAGGGGGAAGACAGGGAUCCCGCCAGGAGCAGGCACGAGACAGCUCGGGGCACUCCGGGUCCCAACACCACCAGGCGGCCUCCCAGGGACGGUCAGGGUCCAGCAGCGCAACCCGCCAAGCCCACGGCCAAGAACAGGCAGCUGACAGCUCCCGGCACUCAGGCGCCCGCUCCUCUGGCGCACGGGCUGAUUCUGCCCACGGCCAGCAAACAACAGGCCGCAGGGCGGGACAAGAAACCCGCCACGAGCACUCCGCGGACAGCUCCCGGCGCCAGGCCACCGGGCAGGGACAGGCCACUUCCCGGACUGACAGACGCCGGGAACCCAGCCUCGGUCAGGCCAGCGACAGCGAAGGACACUCCGAAGACUCCACCAGGCAAUCCCAAGCGGGUCAGGGAAGGUCCGGGUCCACUUCCAGGACCCAGCGAGGGUCUACCCACGGCCACGCAGCAGACAGCGCCAGGCACUCGGGGUCGCGUCAAGGACAGACGGCCAGACACACGCAGCAGUCGGACACCGCUCACGGGCAGUCAGCCUCCAGCUCCAGGGGGGCACAGGGGAGACGACACGAGCAGCGGGCAGACAGCGCCCGGCACUCCGGGGCUGGACACUCCCAAACCUCCGCCGCAUCCCGUGAGCACGGACGUGGGGCGUACACACACAGCGAGGCCAGUGACAGUGAAGGGCAGUCGCAGGACUCAGAGGGUCUGUCCACCUCAGGCCACGGCCAGACCGGGACCAGACAGGGACACCGCCAGGAAUCCACCAGCGGAGGGUCCGGGGAGAAGACCAGGCACUCCGGAGGGUACUCUCGCCUGUACCUGGUAGACACUCAGGAGGAACAGUCUGAGUCGGCGGCCAGAAGGUCCCAGUCCACUACCAGAGCGACACGGGGCUCCCGCCAGGAACACGCACGGGACAGCACCAGACACGGGGCCUCCCAGGACCGGCAGACUUCCACGGGCACACACACCGACUCCUCCCGGGGAAGGUCCGGAACCAGCUCCGGCAGAACACAAGGAUCCCGCCACGAGCAGGCACGAGACAGCUCCGCGCACUCCGAGUCCGACCAGGGUGAGACCCACGCUCGCGGACACUCAGCGUCCGGCAGUAGAGGGGGAAGACAGGGAUCCCGCCAGGAGCAGGCACGAGACAGCUCGGGGCACUCCGGGUCCCAACACCACCAGGCGGCCUCCCAGGGACGGUCAGGGUCCAGCAGCGCAACCCGCCAAGCCCACGGCCAAGAACAGGCAGCGGACAGCUCCCGGCACUCAGGCGCCCGCUCCUCUGGCGCACGGGCUGAUUCUGCCCACGGCCAGCAAACAACAGGCCGCAGGGCGGGACAAGAAACCCGCCACGAGCACUCCGCGGACAGCUCCCGGCGCCAGGCCACCGGGCAGGGACAGGCCACUUCCCGGACUGACAGACGCCGGGAACCCAGCCUCGGUCAGGCCAGCGACAGCGAAGGACACUCCGAAGACUCCACCAGGCAAUCCCAAGCGGGUCAGGGAAGGUCCGGGUCCACUUCCAGGACCCAGCGAGGGUCUACCCACGGCCACGCAGCAGACAGCGCCAGGCACUCGGGGUCGCGUCAAGGACAGACGGCCAGACACACGCAGCAGUCGGACACCGCUCACGGGCAGUCAGCCUCCAGCUCCAGGGGGGCACAGGGGAGCCGACACGAGCAGCGGGCAGACAGCGCCCGGCACUCCGGGGCUGGACACUCCCAAACCUCCGCCGCAUCCCGUGAGCACGGACGUGGGGCCUACACACACAGCGAGGCCAGUGACAGUGAAGGGCAGUCGCAGGACUCAGAGGGUCUGUCCACCUCAGGCCACGGCCAGACCGGGACCAGACAGGGACACCGCCAGGAAUCCACCAGCGGAGGGUCCGGGGAGAAGACCAGGCACUCCGGAGGGUACUCUCGCCUGUACCUGGUAGACACUCAGGAGGAACAGUCUGAGUCGGCGGCCAGAAGGUCCCAGUCCACUACCAGAGCGACACGGGGCUCCCGCCAGGAACACGCACGGGACAGCACCAGACACGGGGCCUCCCAGGACCGGCAGACUUCCACGGGCACACACACCGACUCCUCCCGGGGAAGGUCCGGAACCAGCUCCGGCAGAACACAAGGAUCCCGCCACGAGCAGGCACGAGACAGCUCCGCGCACUCCGAGUCCGACCAGGGUGAGACCCACGCUCGCGGACACUCAGCGUCCGGCAGUAGAGGGGGAAGACAGGGAUCCCGCCAGGAGCUGGCACGAGACAGCUCGGGGCACUCCGGGUCCCAACACCACCAGGCGGCCUCCCAGGGACGGUCAGGGUCCAGCAGCGCAACCCGCCAAGCCCACGGCCAAGAACAGGCAGCUGACAGCUCCCGGCACUCAGGCGCCCGCUCCUCUGGCGCACGGGCUGAUUCUGCCCACGGCCAGCAAACAACAGGCCGCAGGGCGGGACAAGAAACCCGCCACGAGCACUCCGCGGACAGCUCCCGGCGCCAGGCCACCGGGCAGGGACAGGCCACUUCCCGGACUGACAGACGCCGGGAACCCAGCCUCGGUCAGGCCAGCGACAGCGAAGGACACUCCGAAGACUCCACCAGGCAAUCCCAAGCGGGUCAGGGAAGGUCCGGGUCCACUUCCAGGACCCAGCGAGGGUCUACCCACGGCCACGCAGCAGACAGCGCCAGGCACUCGGGGUCGCGUCAAGGACAGACGGCCAGACACACGCAGCAGUCGGACACCGCUCACGGGCAGUCAGCCUCCAGCUCCAGGGGGGCACAGGGGAGACGACACGAGCAGCGGGCAGACAGCGCCCGGCACUCCGGGGCUGGACACUCCCAAACCUCCGCCGCAUCCCGUGAGCACGGACGUGGGGCGUACACACACAGCGAGGCCAGUGACAGUGAAGGGCAGUCGCAGGACUCAGAGGGUCUGUCCACCUCAGGCCACGGCCAGACCGGGACCAGACAGGGACACCGCCAGGAAUCCACCAGCGGAGGGUCCGGGGAGAAGACCAGGCACUCCGGAGGGUACUCUCGCCUGUACCUGGUAGACACUCAGGAGGAACAGUCUGAGUCGGCGGCCAGAAGGUCCCAGUCCACUACCAGAGCGACACGGGGCUCCCGCCAGGAACACGCACGGGACAGCACCAGACACGGGGCCUCCCAGGACCGGCAGACUUCCACGGGCACACACACCGACUCCUCCCGGGGAAGGUCCGGAACCAGCUCCGGCAGAACACAAGGAUCCCGCCAGGAGCAGGCACGAGACAGCUCCGCGCACUCCGAGUCCGACCAGGGUGAGACCCACGCUCGCGGACACUCAGCGUCCGGCAGUAGAGGGGGAAGACAGGGAUCCCGCCAGGAGCUGGCACGAGACAGCUCGGGGCACUCCGGGUCCCAACACCACCAGGCGGCCUCCCAGGGACGGUCAGGGUCCAGCAGCGCAACCCGCCAAGCCCACGGCCAAGAACAGGCAGCGGACAGCUCCCGGCACUCAGGCGCCCGCUCCUCUGGCGCACGGGCUGAUUCUGCCCACGGCCAGCAAACAACAGGCCGCAGGGCGGGACAAGAAACCCGCCACGAGCACUCCGCGGACAGCUCCCGGCGCCAGGCCACCGGGCAGGGACAGGCCACUUCCCGGACUGACAGACGCCGGGAACCCAGCCUCGGUCAGGCCAGCGACAGCGAAGGACACUCCGAAGACUCCACCAGGCAAUCCCAAGCGGGUCAGGGAAGGUCCGGGUCCACUUCCAGGACCCAGCGAGGGUCUACCCACGGCCACGCAGCAGACAGCGCCAGGCACUCGGGGUCGCGUCAAGGACAGACGGCCAGACACACGCAGCAGUCGGACACCGCUCACGGGCAGUCAGCCUCCAGCUCCAGGGGGGCACAGGGGAGACGACACGAGCAGCGGGCAGACAGCGCCCGGCACUCCGGGGCUGGACACUCCCAAACCUCCGCCGCAUCCCGUGAGCACGGACGUGGGGCGUACACACACAGCGAGGCCAGUGACAGUGAAGGGCAGUCGCAGGACUCAGAGGGUCUGUCCACCUCAGGCCACGGCCAGACCGGGACCAGACAGGGACACCGCCAGGAAUCCACCAGCGGAGGGUCCGGGGAGAAGACCAGGCACUCCGGAGGGUACUCUCGCCUGUACCUGGUAGACACUCAGGAGGAACAGUCUGAGUCGGCGGCCAGAAGGUCCCAGUCCACUACCAGAGCGACACGGGGCUCCCGCCAGGAACACGCACGGGACAGCACCAGACACGGGGCCUCCCAGGACCGGCAGACUUCCACGGGCACACACACCGACUCCUCCCGGGGAAGGUCCGGAACCAGCUCCGGCAGAACACAAGGAUCCCGCCACGAGCAGGCACGAGACAGCUCCGCGCACUCCGAGUCCGACCAGGGUGAGACCCACGCUCGCGGACACUCAGCGUCCGGCAGUAGAGGGGGAAGACAGGGAUCCCGCCAGGAGCAGGCACGAGACAGCUCGGGGCACUCUGGGUCCCAACACCACCAGGCGGCCUCCCAGGGACGGUCAGGGUCCAGCAGCGCAACCCGCCAAGCCCACGGCCAAGAACAGGCAGCGGACAGCUCCCGGCACUCAGGCGCCCGCUCCUCUGGCGCACGGGCUGAUUCUGCCCACGGCCAGCAAACAACAGGCCGCAGGGCGGGACAAGAAACCCGCCACGAGCACUCCGUGGACAGCUCCCGGCGCCAGGCCACCGGGCAGGGACAGGGCACUUCCCGGACUGACAGACGCCGGGAACCCAGCCUCGGUCAGGCCAGCGACAGCGAAGGACACUCCGAAGACUCCGCCAGGCAAUCUCUCUCUUCCAAGAGAAGGCCUGUUUCUUCACAUGAAUCUGUUCCUGUCUAUUCAACUGAUAGUUCUAAAGAGUCUCUGUUUCAUUAUAGAGUGUUUCAUAAUCAGUUGUUUGAAUCUGCUGAUGACAUUUCAGAGUAUGAUGCAGACAAUCUACAUGAUAAUUCUCCUAUUCUUCUGGCAUCAGACUAUAGGUCUGGAAUAGAAUCCCCUGUUCAUAAUUACAAUUGUGAGGUGAAUCAUUUCCCCUCAUUUAACACUGAAUGUCCACAGGAUGGUUCAGGUAUAGGUUGGAGGCAUGGCAGUUAUGGUAGUGCUGAAUAUGACUAUGGUCAAUCAGAAUUUGGGAACUCUCAAGCUAGGGUUAUGAGUCAAAAUUACAGUCCUGUGGAAUUUUCCAAGAGAUCUGAAAACAGAAAAUCAUCUGGAUAUAGAGUAGAAUAUAUGGGAUCCAGUGUAUUAGGCAGUGAUAGACAGCCAGUAAUACAUAGCUGUUCAAGUGAUAUACCAACACUGCUGGGGUUUAGUCAGUCCCCAGGAUAUUAUUACUAUAAGUGAGAUAUCAGUGAGAAACCAAUAGAAAAAGAAUUAAACCAAAUAGUAGGAGUAAGAACAUGUAACACUACUUUGUUGUAGAAACUUUUCAAAUUUCUUUCGCAGUGUUCUUACUAUUUUCUUUAGAUAUGCUACUCUUUCAUUAGUUUGGUGGUAGUUUCUUUUAUUCUCUGGGACCUUUGAACAUUUUAGUUAGAAAAUGUUAAAGAAAUUAUUGUCAUUCAGUUCUAAAACUGCAAAACUAUUAAUGUUUGUAGCUGAAAUAAGGAUUCUUGCUUCUAAAAUCUGAAGUGCUAGGUCCUCUCUAGAUUGAUACAUAAAUCUUUCUGAAAAACAUCUAAAUCAUUCUUAUGGAGGCCAAAGUCACUAUAUCACAUCAGGGCUCAGCACAUCUGCCUCUAUUAUUCUUCUACUAGAACUUUGUUUUCUUAACAUUCAAUAAAAUUACAUUGAAUUCAAAACGGUACAAUGUAUAAAAUUCUAGAAUAAAAAUUGAUCUUAUUA